CACUCGAGCUGUUUGCACAUCAUCAACUGGCGUUUGGUUUGAGCAUACCCACCUUCUCUUGCUUGCGUCUUUGCUUGCUGCUGUGACCCCUUCAACCACAGUCAAGGACCCACGUGCCUGCCAGUGCGGUGCUACAGGAAGUUGAGAUAACUCAGCAAUAGGAUCAUUCAAUGGUGCGCUUGAGGCGGCCAAUAGAUCUCUAGCUUCUUCCUGCUAGUGACCAUGGUGAAUUAUUUUACGGCUGUUCUCGAUGUCGUGAAGUUAUUGUGGGAUCCUCUUGCUCGACAGAUAAGUUACGUGAAGAAUGUAGAAAAAAAUGUGGAGAAUUUGAGAAAGGAGAGAGAUGUACUUACUCAUGAAGAAAGUGACGUGACUAAAGAAGUUGAGAGGGCUAAGUUGCAGCGGAGGGAUCCCAAGGCUAAAGUGAACAGUUGGUUGAAAGACGUUAAUGAUGUUAAAAAUGAAGUAAGUGACAUCGAAAAAGAAUUCAAAGAAAACAUGAGAUGUCUCAAAGAAUGCCUACCCAAUUAUUAUAACCGAAGAAAACUAAGCAAGAGAGCUUUAGAGACAACUUCCAAAGUAAAAGAGCUCAAGGGGAAGGUCAUUUCUGAGGAUGCGAUUGCCGUUGAUCAGUUACCGCCAACCGCACAUACUUUACCCACCCCAUCUUUACGAGCUAAAACAUCGGCUGAAAUAAUUUCAGAGCAGAUUUUGGGUUGGAUAAAGGAUGCAAAGAUAGGAAUGGUAGGCGUAUAUGGGAUGGGCGGGGUAGGAAAGACGACCAUCAUGAUGAACAUUAACAAUCGUCUCAAGGAUGCCAAGCUUUUUCAAAGUAUUAUCUGGGUGACUGUGUCUGAAGAUCUUAACUUGAAGAGGCUACAGACAGAUAUUGCAAAGAAAGUCCAACUGAACUUACAAGAGGGCGAUGAUGAAGUAAACAGAGCAGCAAAGUUACAUGAUGCAUUACUAACUAGGCAGAAGUUUUUGCUCAUCCUAGAUGAUUUGUGGAAGUCAUUUCCACUUGAAAAAGUUGGAAUUCCUGAACCUAACGAAGAAAAUGGUUGCAAGAUAGCAUUGACAUCUCGGUCAUUGGAUGUUUGCCGUGGAAUGAAGACGGAUAAAAACGUUAAAGUAAAAGAACUUUCCAAAGAGGAAGCAUGGGAUUUAUUUAAAGACCAUCUUGGUAGCAACGUGGUGCUGGCUUCAAAUGUACAAACUAUCGCAAAGCUUGUGACCGAAGAAUGUGGAGGUCUACCACUAGCGCUCAUCACGGUUGGCGAGGCUCUUAGAGAUAUUGAUGAUGUUCAUGAAUGGAGUCAUGCAUUAAAUCAAUUGAGAAGCUCAGAGUGUGAAAUCGAAGGCAUCCAGGACGAAGUCUUUAGGCGGCUACAGUUCAGUUACAAUCGCUUAAGUAAUGAGAAGAGUCGUGCUUGUUUCUUGUACUGCUCGUUGUAUCCGGAAGAUUACAAGAUCCCUGUAGAAGAGGUGAUUAAAUAUUGGAUUUGUGAGCAGUUAAUAGAUGAAAGGGGGGAUAUCCAAUCUCAAAUUGACAAUGGACAUUCGAUAGUGAACGGGCUAACACGUGCUUGUAUGCUAGAAAGUUUCAUUGAUGAAGUUGGCAUUAAGUAUAUAAAGAUGCAUGACUUACUUAGGGACAUGGCGAUCGACAUAACCAAGCAUAACCCUCGGUUCAUAGUCAAGGCUGGGACCGGAAUGGAAGAGCUUCUAAAAGAUGAGGAAUGGGUGGGAGAUGUGGAGAGGGUUUCAUUGAUGAGUAACAGAAUCCAUAACCUCGUAGCAACGCCCAACUGCCCUAAACUCACUACCUUGUUUUUACAAGGUAAUCCUCUUGAAGGUCAUAUCACUCCAUCCUUCUUUCGAAAUCAGCAUAUGUGUGGCCUCAAAGUUCUGGAUCUAUCUGAUUCUAGAAUCGAGUGUCUGCCUGACUCACUUUCUAGUUUGGUGAACCUCCGUGCACUGGUGCUAACAAAAUGCUGUUAUUUGUCCGCUAUUCCUUCACUAGCAAAGCUGAAUGAGCUGAGGCUGUUGGACCUUUCUUUCACAAACAUCGACCAACUUCCGCAGGGGAUGGAAAGAUUAGCAAACCUAAGAUUCCUUGAUUUAUCGUACAUGUACAAAUUGGAAAGGAUUGAUGCAGGAGUAAUAUCUAAGCUUCCCCAUCUUGAACACUUUACAGCAUGGCAAAACAAAUUGAUUCUGUCAAUCAUAUUAGAUGAUCAGAUGGAAAUUCUAACUCGAUUGGUUCAUCUUAGACUCUCCUUUUCUAAUCUUGUGACCUUCUCACACUAUGUCCAAUUUGGGCAGUCGCAUAAGUUGAAGAAAUUCUCUUUCUCUAUAGGAAAUAUUGUGUGUAAGGAAUCUUACAUCAAACUAGAUGAAAUCAACUAUUUAUAUGAGUUCGAGCGUUUAGUAUAUCUUGGAGACCUGCAAGUUGGCACUAGAGAAAGUCUCCACUUGUUGCCUGCCAACACAGUGGACUUGAUCAUGAUCGAAUGCUCAAAUUUCACCCGACUCUCGCUUCUCUCCUUACAGAAUGUGGAGGGAUUGAAGUUUUGUCGCAUUACUUGGUGCUUCAGCAUGAAGUCUGUUUUAUCAGUCAAAGAUAAUGUCUCUUUCCUCACAGCCUUAGAGCAUUUAUUUCUUGAGAGUCUACCAAAUCUGCAAACUGUUUGUCGAGGAGUUGCUACACCUGGCACCUUUCAAAGCUUGAAUUCCAUAAUCAUCUAUGACUGUUACAAGUUGAAGAAUCUAUUUUCAGUAGGGUGGUUGAAGAACCUCCAAAACCUUGAAAAAAUUUCCAUAAAAAACUGCAAUGAGAUGACAGACUUGGUGACCGAGGAGGAAGAUGAAGAGAUAAGUGCAGCAUAUAACAUCACAUUGCCUAAGUUAAAGAAUCUCUAUCUUUUACGUGUAAAUAAAUUGAAGAAGAUUUGCAGCAAGGUGCUUGUGUGCAGUUCUAUGGUCUUAAUUCAAAUUGAAGGUUGUUCUAAGCUGAAGAAGAUCCCUUUCUCUGUUGGCACCUCAUCUAUGGCUUUUCAAGGAGAGAUUAGGGGGACAAGAAAGUGGUGGAAUACAUUGGAAUGGGAUGAUCCUGCCACCAAACCUCUCCUCCACCCCCUUUUCAAAGAAGUGGAAGGAGAUGAUAAUGAUGAUGAUGACAACUAGGACAAUAACAGCGGUAACAACAGUAAUGAAGAAGAAGAAGAUAGUGAUGGUGAUGAUGAUGAUGAUAAUGAUGAUGAUUGCCAUGAAAAAGAAGCAUAUGAAAAAGAAGAAACAACUAUCGCAACAAUAAAAGAAGCAGGUAUGCAUAGAUGGAUCCUCAAGCAUAACUAUCUAUGGUGUGGACUUCAAGUUAUGGUUUUGAUUUGUUAUGGUAGAUUGGGAUAUCUUUUAGAUUAAGACAUUUUCUUUUUUCUUUUUAAUUCAGAUGUGUAUCUCUUAAGAUCUUUAUAAAUUUCUCUUAGGACACCCCACCUCUCUAUAUAUUCUUCACAUUGUUAAUGGGAUAAAUAUAAUAUUUUCAGGUUGGCCAUAUCAGUGGGAGCCAUGGCUUGUCUUUAAAGAGUGAUAGGGCUGGUUGGAUUGUGAAUGAAUGAAACAUAUUUUUCAAUAGCUA